AUGGAUAUUACAAAAGAAUUUGACAGUCACGCUGAAAAGGUCAAAAAGCUUAAAGCAAAACCUAAUGAUCAUGAUCUUCUCGAGCUUUACGCCUUGUACAAACAAGCUACAGUUGGUGACAACAAUACGAGUUCACCUGGAAUCCUCGAUCUAAAAGGAAAGGCGAAAUGGAACGCUUGGAAUGGAAAAAAAGGUAUUUGCAGAGAAGAAGCCAAAAAGUUGUACGUGGAUAAAGCUAAAUGCCUUAUUGCAAAACAUGGACUGGAAUCAUAA